AUGAACAUCCAUACCAAUCUCACCUACCAAGAUCUCACAGCCAAUCUUCACAUAGCCUGCAUGCUAGGCGAUGAGUCCCGCGUCAAACACCUCCUCUCCAUCGGCGCCCACCGCAAUGCUGAAAACGACAGCGGCACAUCCGCCCUCGGACUCGCAGACUUCCUCCACCGCGUUGAAAUCGUCAAGCUCCUUCUCCAUGACAUAAAUAUUAAGGAGGCAGGAUGGUAUGAGCUUUUGAAAGCCAUCCGCAUGGACCGCGCGACGGUUGUGCGAGCUCUUUUGGAAAUGGGGGUGAAGGAGGAGCUUGUUGAAGAUGAUGGGUUCUUUCGGAGUGCGCUUGUGCUGGCGUGUUGUGUUAGUGAUAUGAGGGUUUUGGGGGCGUUGGUUAAGUAUGGUCCUGGCGUGGAUGUGUGGGCUAUUAAAGAUAUUUUGAUUCAGUGUGCGGUUGCGGCAGAGAAUUUGGAGGUUGUUGGUGGGAUUCAUGAUCUUGUUAGGGAUGAAAGGAAGCCUCAGAGUGGAAUUUCUAUAGUAUGUUGA